AGGAGAUUCUUUUUUCCUCGAUCGUUCUAUCUCUUCCCCUCCUCUCUCUCCCUCUCGCCUUGUCGUCGACUUCGGUGUGGGUUUGCGGCACGAGGUGAUACCGGAAGAGCGCUCCACGCAGCUGCAGAAGAAAGCCACCGUGAAAACUCAAACGAUCUAUCGCAUUCUACCACUUCCAGAAAAACAAAAAGUGCUUGGAGGCAACGCCAUCCGCACCCUUCACCACAACCACAUAGUUUUUAUUUCUUCAUUUACACGUGUGUACGUGCAUGUGUGUGUGUGUGUGUGCAUAGUCGUUUUGACUACUCCUUUCUGCUGGGGCACGUGCAUUGGUUCGGUAAUGCUGCUGCGAACUCGCUGUAGCUGAAGAGACAUACAUACCUAUAUAUAUUUUCCAUUGAACACGGUGAGCGGUGUUUUGUGUUUUCCCUUUCCCAAAAGUUUGCAUUCGCUUGCUUGAGUUACCUGCUGAGCCUCGCGUAUCGCGCGGCAUAUUCUUCUUCUUUCCUUUUCUCCUGCUUUUUUUUACUCAUUUUACAAAAUGAUUCUCUUUUGACCUAAACACAUUUAACCCACACAGACAUAGCUACAGUUACACAUUGAGCACCACACACACACACACACAGACACAGAAGCCUGGUAGGCCAAUGGGCAAUCAGAAUUCUAGUAGCGGUCACCGCACCGACAGCGCUCCACAACGCGCGCGCGACGGCGUUCUUCGUGACACUCUCCCACCAACCCACCUCGACCGCAGUGCGCCGCCAUCCGCGACCGCACGACGAGGGCGAAGUGUCUCGUCGGCCCGGGAUUCGCGCUCACGGCAGCGGCGCACUGCGAGUCCGUCCGUAUCACCGACCCCGCACUUCUCUGAGACGGCCAGCGGGGCUACGGCGGGGGCGGCGACGACGACGACGGCUGCCCCGCCAGGCCGCUUUGGCUCCCACUAUCCUUCCGUGUCGUCCUUGACGGCUGCCGCGGCGCUGAAUGCGCAGCUUACCAACUCGACGCCUGAGCACCAGGCGCUGCAGCGUCAGAAUGAGGGGGAUUAUGAGGGCAACGAUGAGGCCAGCCUCCGCGCAAGUCGCUCGGCGCACAGCAUGAGUCAGGUAUCGUCAUCCAAGCAGAUGCCAAACGCACCAUGUAUGCACGCGGACGAGGCGCCGUCCGGUCUUACUGCGGAAACAGGGGCCGUAACUAUGCCGGCGGACUCUGACGCCGCCGCGCAGCACGUGCUCGAUCCUGUCCCGACAACUACGCAAGGUGCAGCGGCAGGUGGUAAUGCCGAACAGAGUGCCGGCUCCUUGAACUACUCCUCACAAAGGGCAAACACAGCUGCUGCAGCGGAGACAUCGCCGUCGUCGCGCAUUGCGCGAUCGAGUCCGCAGGCGGGCAUCCCAGCCCCACGGACCGCCGCGACGGAGGCCAAGCGCACGAGGUCGCGGCCGCACAGCCCUUCACCGGAGGCUCGCCCCCCUACGCCGGGUAACGCAGAGGGCAAGUCGAGGAGCAAAACGACAAAGACAACCAAGAACGAAGGGAGCGGGAGGACGAUCGAGGCGGACAGCACGUCGCCGCCGCUGCCGCGACUGCCGAAGCGCUCCGGCGGAAUUCUCGGUGGCGUGUUCAACCCGCGCUCCAGCAAGUUUCUGUUUCGCAAGUCGCCAUCGACGUCGCCUGCGGCACGUGAAGGUGCCCCGAAGAGGGCGAAGACCGAUGCCGCCCCUUCUCCUGUGCCCACCGGCGACAGCGACACGCAUCCUGCUGCUGCUGCUGCUGCUGAACAGAGCAGGGACGGAGAUAUUGGGGCGGGGCAGCAGCGCGGCGCGCACCGCGAAAAAGAUGGAGAGAAGACCAACGGCAGCGAAGUCUCGUGUCCGGUCCACGCACCCGUUGUCGCUGCGACUCUCGAAGGGAGGCCAGCGGCCGUCGACAUGCCGCAGCGGUCGUCGGCAUUGAAAAGGUUUGCACAGGAUAAAGAGAGUGCUGCCCCCGUGGGAGCAGCGAGUCCUGCAUCGCGUUCGACGGACGGCAAUAGCAACGUAGCAGCAGCAGCUUCUUCAGACACCACACCGGAUAAUCACCCACGUGGCGGCGGCCUCCUCGGCGGGGCGGUGGUAUCGUUGCUGCUGCCCGCCGAGACGAGCGUCACGCACAGCUUUGACGCAUCCCAGUUGAUGACGGCCGAUACACGACGUCACUACGCCAACGUAGUGCGGCAACAGGGGAGUGCGGCGGCGGCCACGGCACCGGUGCAGACUCUCGAAGACGCCGAGGAGACGGAGGAAACGGAAGCUAGGUGUGUAGAGGUGCUGUUGACGAUGCAUUCCCUGAAUGAAGAGGGAGCGGCAGCGGCGGUGGGAGCGGUGAACCCCCACGACGCCCUGACCUCCCCAACGGUCGACCACACACGCGACGGCACAGGCAGCCCGCGGUGGGGGCGGGCAGCUUUCAUCAACGAUGACGAAGAGGGCGAGGAGCAGGCGGGGACCACGGCUCCAACGGUCGUGGAGCCAUCGCGUGGAGCGCAGCAACCUCCGCAGGACCCGGAGAAGCACAGGGGUUGCCCAGAUCGCGAGGAACGCAGCCGCAGCUGCGGCAGCAGCGACGAUGAGGACAGUCACUCCACGACGUCGACCGACACCAACUCCGCCCCGAUCCUGCCGCCGCCGCCGACAGCGUCCUUCGCAGAGGCGAUGUGGGGCAUCAGAGCCGCCGCCGCCAACGCCGAACACAGCCGCAACGGCGGUGCAGACCAGCCGACAGCAGCAGCAGCAGCAGCGGCGGCGGCGUUGUCCGCGUCCGGCUCGAGCACAGGUUGCAACUCGAGUCCCAUCUACUCCCCUCGAACCUAUGUGCCCCGCCGUGGCCGCAACGGUGCCCUGUCAGGUGCGACGACAGUGAUCACCGACACCACCACCCGUGUGGUAUCGCCGCGCUCGCCGUACGCGUCAUCGCCGCCUUACUUCACAGGACCCACGGGCGGCAGCAAAAGCCCAUCGCCCGCCCAUCUGACGACGGCGACGACGGAGGCCGAUGCGCGAACACCGCGACGCAAGUCCGUGAGUCAGUCUGCUAUCAUCGCAGCGUGGAACCGCCUCGGCGCUCGAUCAGGCUCGCUCGCCGCCCUACCCGCGUCAUCGAUGUCUACGUGGAACGGAAAGCCGAACGGCAAUACGAAGAUCCAAGUGCACAACAACGGCCCAGUGGAGGCGUCAACGGGCGCAGCCGCAUCAGCUUCAGCUGCAGCAAUGACCGACGGUGCUCGCGGGGCGGUGACGGCGCCGGAGGAGUUGGCAGACGCCUCCAAUGAGUUUGCCCAGGGUAGUCCAUCGAAUCGCCGCGUUCUCGCAGAGUCGCCACCGCUGCAACCAACGGAGAAGGCCAGUAACAAAGAGGCAGCGCCACCUGAGUCCACUGGCGGAGGCGCAGGUACGAGAGGAAACACGGCUUCUUUGCCCCAUACACACACCUCUACCAGCACGGACCACGAGGCCCCCGUGCGGCCGGUCCGUCGCCGCUCCGUACUGACCCGUCAGCGCGGUCAUCCUCUGCUAUUUCCACCGCCACCGUCACCACCCUUAUCGCCGACGGACAGGGAAGGGGCGCAGCACCAGGCAGAGCGGCCGCCGUCAUUCGAAGGCGCAGACCUUCACGCAGCUGUGUUGCCGGAGGUGAUGGAGGCCGCUCCGCCUGCUGCUGCCCCCCCUUCUUCUUUGCCUGAGCGCGGUGAGUUACCCUCCAUCAAAGGCGGGGCGGCGAGGAACGCUGCGGGCGGCUUAGGGAACGGCGAACAGGCUGAAAGCAGCGGUGAUGCGGUGGGGCAGGAGGAUGCUUGUGUAGCCGUAGCGGAAGAAGCGAAGUCUGGUGCUGCUGCCGGGGCGAAGACCGCUUCUACGCAGACGACAGCGAGGGCAGACAACACAAAGCCGGCGGGAAGGAGAGAGGUGGCGGAAGAGACGCGCCACGAAAACCACGCAGCGCACGAGGCGUGGCCCAGCCGCGCAUUCACAGUGCCGUGCGUGCACGUCGAUCGUGAAGCCGCCACGCCGCACUCACGCGGACUUUCUGGGAUCGCCGAGUUCUCGGAGGAGAGCGAGUCCAGCACGUCCGCCACCAUCCACAUCCCACCGACCGCCGCAGGGGGAGCAACCGUGGACGAUCGCCUUUACCGCACAGAGAUCCGCACUGGCACCGCGCGGGCGCAGGGCGUUGGGGAAGAAGGAGAGGGAGAAGGCGAGUGGUUCGCUCAACGACCCAGUGAGGCCGCCUCGCGGCAAUCGUCGCGGCUGCCGAGUCGUCGGCCGUCCGCAGCGGGCGAGCUCUCGUUGGCGCAGCCGACCAAAGCUGCCUCCUCUGCGUCGGCGGUCCCGUUGAAGCCGCCAUCGCCACAGGCCCGGCGUUCGCUUUCUGGUGUGCUUCCUCGCGCGGAGGCGGCGUCGAGCUCACAGCGUCAUCAUCGUCAUCAGCAGCGUAAUCGUCUGCUGCACAAUCAAAUCACCACGGAUCUGGGGCUUGUAUGGAGCGGUCCUUCCUCGCCGCGGUCGCCUGAAGUGGCAGCGCCGUUUAGUGAUCCACAGCAUCGAUACGCUAGGCAGAGAACUGCAGACGCAGAAGAUGGAGGCAAAGAUGAGGAGGGGGGCGGGGAGAGCGACAAGAAUGCUCGUGGCCCGGAGGAGAACCAAUGUGAUGCUGAUGCUGCGGCUGCUGCGACGGCGGCAGCCCUGGCAGCAGCAUCGACGCCGUUGCUUUCAGAGGAUCAGCAGCGACCACAAGACUUCAGCACCACUGCCGUCGCCACUGCUGCGAGUCACGCGGAGAGCAACAACAAAAUCAACUAUAACAAUAGCAGCACGAGCUACCCGUAUCAACGCCUAGCGUCCCCACCAACACUUGCUGGUGCGUCUCUCAGCGGAUCAAUCGGGUCAACGGGACCUGUGGUUGCUGCUGCCGCUGCUGCAGGCGUUUUCCCUAGCAGCGCCGUGCAGUCCACACAAGCGUACACACGUCAGCGGCAGACACCACCACCACCCCAACAACAGCAGCCGCUGUCGCUGUCGUCCAUUUUAUCCGCACGAGCGACGCCCUACUGGCGCGAGCAGCUCACCCCUGCUCACACACAACCCAUCUCCCCACGCUCCUUCAGCGCUACGCGCGACGACGACGGCGACGGCGGAGGCGGCGGCGACCAGCACUCAACGAAUCACAACAACACAAGCGCGAAUACGAUCAGUGGCGGGGGUGGUGAGAGCGGCGACUACGACCUCCCAGCCGGUGCGCGGCGACGACGGCUAAACACCGCCUCGCAGGCGACGCCGCCGCUCGCGCAGCAUCCCUCAUCGCCGCAGCAGCUGUACCGCGCACUGUCGGGGUCUGGUGUACAGUGGCGGGAGGUGAGUCCACUGGCCAGCGCCGCCGUGACACCGAAUGUGGGAACGGCCGGACCGGGCUGCGGAGGGCAGGAGGAAGACGAGGAAGAGGAGGAGGAGGAAGCGGAGUUGCAAGACUACCGCCCACGGCACCGUUACAGCUACAGACACCACGGUGCUCGUCAGGCGACGGGGAACGCUGGUGGUGACGACAAAGUGCAAGAUGAGGCAGGACGUACGGAAGCAGGGGAGCUGCAAAGAGCACGGCAGCACCAAGACAAUCGUGGUGGUGAUGAUCCGCUCCGGCCGCGGAGCGAUGCACGCUCCCCCGUAUCGUGGAUCGAGGAGCUGCCCCAACCGUGGCAACGCGACGACGACGAGGACAAAGACAACGAGGAGGAUGGGAGGAAAGAAGAAGGCAAUUACCGCGGCGCAGUUCGCGGCAAUGAUGAUAAUGGUGAGCAGCCCCGUGCAACGCGCCAGCAUCUACAUGACGAAGUACCACACGAGACGUUUCGCGGAGAGGAGGACGCUAACGGUGCACACGGAGUGGAUGGAGGUGGUCACGGACCCUACCGCUGUUUCUCACCCCGAGGCAUUCCCCGGCCUCGUCGCAGAAGCGCGGCGCCGGAGUCGAACUGCCUCUGCACCCCACCUGAAGAGAAAAGCCCCCACGACGGUGCACGACAUCCGUUUCAAGCCAGCCCCAGCAGCGGUGGUCCCGACAGCGCGAGCCGCCUGCCGCUGCCCCUGCCCCGGUACGAGCCGCCGAUGCCGUCGAACAAGAACACCUUCACCGCCUUUGUAUCGCUGUCGGACAUCCCGUCCGCGCACUUGCUCACCUCUGCCACCGCCGUCUUCCACGGCAGACAUCCACACGGCGACAGCGGGGAGAGCAGCAGCGGUCGCAGCAGCAGCAGAAGCAGCGGCAACCGACCGAGUUGCGCUGCCGCCGCCGACGGCAGUGGAGAGAUGUCCACCAGCGUUACGACCCCUACGAACGGGAACGGCUUCUCGACCGUCGACACGCCCGUGACGGCGGACACGCUGCUGACGAACGGCCACAGCCCCCUCGCCGUGCACCAACCGAUCGGUGCUCCGUCUGGUGGUGGUGGCGGGAUGGAGGCAGCACCGAGCAGCGCCCCGCGCAACAGUUCCCUCUUCUCCUCUUCCUCCGCCAGCACAGCGCUGACGGAGAGUAUUUCUGGCGGGGACACCCCGGUGCAACACUCGCCGGCGCGUGUGACGCGGUCCACCUCGCCGCACAGGAGUGGGGCGGGGAAAGGAAGAGGUGGCGACAGCGAUCGGGAAGGAGACCCCACGGCGGCCCAACAGGCGGGUAACGGCGACGACAAACCUGUGCUACCGCCGCGGCAGCAGCAGAGUGGAAUGGGAGCAGGAGGCGUGCUGUCGAACACCGCACUGCCUCAAAAUCGCAAAAGCAGUGCGGCUGCUGCUGUCGCUGCUGCUGCGGCACCCAUCAUCGCACGGCCGCACCAACAGACGUCACCGCGGCGUGGCAAGUAUACUCCUGCCGACGAAGCAGCGAGCACAUUGCCCACGAACUGCACCCAGGCCCUCUCCCCCACCGACGCAAUCGUGCGGCAGAUGGCGAAGACCCACGGCGUCGUGCCGACCCCCACCACUACCGCAGCGACGACCACCACUUCGGCCACGAUCACCACGUCAGCGUCUGUCAUCACGUCUUCUGGAAGCGCCCUUGUGUCAGCUGUGGCGGCAGAUCGGCACAGGCGAAGCUCCUGCUUUCAAAGCAGCAUGAACGAGGCGGCCGAUGCGAGCAAUGGCGAUAUCAGGGACGGCAUGGCGGUGUUUGUGGAGCGUGAAGACACGACGCAGCACAGCAGCGAGAGCGACACCGACGUCGGUGUCCGCCGUCACGCCUCCGCCACCGUGCUCACCGCGCAGCUGCUCACCCCUCUAUCCACGGCGAUGGUGCGGACGAACAGUGAACCGAUUCUCGCCUUCCAGCUUCACCGGAGCAGCGUGUUGAACCCCAGUCGGUCACCGGAGCAGCCGUGGUGGAAUCGCUCGCGGCUGGCGCGGUCAGAGGGCAGUGGAUUGCCGGCGGAGCUGGGGGCGACACCGCGCGGGACCGGAGAUGGGACUCGCAGCCACAGCAUUCAUAUGCGGAAUUCCUCCUCCCGAUCGCUGUCCGACUCCCCGCUGAGGCUGUUCCCCACAUGGGCGCAGCCAGAUGAGGUGGAAGAAGGCGAUGAUGGCGCGAUGGGGCGCGACGCUGAGCUGCCCUUCGCCAUGACGCCGGACGGCAAAUCGGAAGGGUACAGCGCGCUGCGCGACGACGGCGAGGACGAACAUUCCUUUUAUCGCAAAGACGAAGAAGAAGACGCUGAGGACGCUGACAGCCACCAUGAGGGCGGACGGCGCAGAGAGGGCAGAGCAAGUACAGACGCUGCGGUGGACCCGCUGCUGCACAUACGGCGUGCGGAGUCCUUGGACAUCGGAGAGGAACACGGAAGCGCCGACGAGGACGAAGCGCAGCUUGUUGGUACGGGCUUGUUCACCGCUACGUGGCACCCGUACAGUCCACUUUCGUCCUCUUUCUCGCACGAGACCGAGCUCACAUCGCCGCCUGCUGCUGCUGCUGCUGCUGUGACGGCGACGGCGACGGGGCGUGUAUCCAGGUUCACGCCAAUAGCGAAGGAGUUGGCGUCGAGGCGAGGGUCGAGGCCUGCGUUUACGGUCGUGGUGCCGCCUACAUCAUCUUUUCUCGAAGAGGCAAUCCUUGAUGCAAGCAAACGCAGCGAGGACGAGAACGAAAGCGAAGAGAAGACUCCAGCUGAUGCACUGGGCGCGGAGGAACAGGCUGAAGGGGAUCGUCGCAGCAGCGGCAACAGCAGCAGCGCCGCUACCGCCUCAGCCUUCGUCGCACGCCUCGACAACCUCAUCGACACAGAGACGUACACGCGUGCCUGCGUCCAGGAGAGCGCCGAGGACGUGCUGGGCACAUGGCAGUCUGUCUGGUCCGCGGUGCAGCAGCAGACGGCCUCGUCAACCGCGCUGAUUCCUGCAUCCACGACGUCGUCACCCCUGCAGCCGAGCACCACAGGCGAAGGGAGGGAAGGGGAGGAGGAUGGACCCCAAGCGCAUUACGUAGCGUCGCUCUCGUCACCAACGGCGUCGGACGCCCCGAUACGGCGGACCUCUGCGCUGCUGCCGCCCUCCAGCGCGGUGCCGCCGCCGUUGUCGGUGUCGAUGCUCAUGAGUGUUAUUGCACCCGCAAUCACAGCUACCACGUCGAUGAAGAGUAAUGCGAGUGGCAGGACCCUCAACACGACCGUUGUCAGAGACGGCGAUGUCGAUGAUGAAGGUGGUGGCGGCCAGGCGGGUGAGGUCGACGCUGCCGCUGCGGUAUUCAGCGAGGGUACUCCGCUCGGGGAAGAAUGUGAGGUGUCCGUCCCUGCAGCGGAGGGAAGGCACGACUCGCACCGCCGUCUCAUGUCCCCUCCAUCGGCCCUUGCUGUGGCGGAAGAUGACGCUGCCGCGCACCAGGACAGCGCGGGCGUGGAGAACUGGGAGAGCAGUGAACCCGAUGAGGCCGCUUCUCCUUCCACACUGGUCCCUGCUGCUGAGGCGGCGGCAGAGGGCCCUCGGCGGCACGCCAAAGUGGUGGUGCCGUCGUCGCGGUACGCCAGCACCGUUGCCACGCCCAACGCGCAGCACAUCGGGCAGCUCGAGACGCCGAGCUACGUUCUCUUUGGCCCCUCCACCACGAGCGGCGUCACCCUAAACAACACGUUGUCGCCGCACAGCGAGGACGCCGACAAGCAAGUUGAGGAAGAGGAAGAUGAGACGUGGGGCAGCGCCGAGGCGGCAGCGACCGACACGGCUGGGACGAAGGGGCACGUAAGCGCCGAGGAUACUCCACAAGCAGUCGCACAGUCCGGACAGCAGCAGCAGCAGCAGCAGAGGAUUGCAGGUGAAGACGUCGAAGAAGACCAGGCCAAUCGACAACUGACGAGCAGCAACGGCGAGGUAAACCGAGAAGAGAAGCAGCAAGGCGGCACCGUCUCUGCGAAGUUUGCGUUACCGCCGGCGCCAUCUUCUUCACCCUCAGGGAACACCGACUCCGCCACUCUCCUGCAGCCCACCACGGACGCCUCUCCGCACACGCGACAAGGCUCCCCGGACCCUCUGCCUCCGCAAGUCCUUGCGAAAGCACCCAGAAACGACAAGGGAAGCAGCACCAAUGUGAAGGCGCCCCCAGCAGCCCUUGUCCCCCCGCCCUCAAACGAAGAGGAAGGGAAAGACCGUAUCAAGAACAUCAGCAGCAACUCCAAUCAUCCCCACCAUGCGUCGACAGCACCGCCGACAUCGCCUUCUCCGCAAGCACCGCCGCGUCUUCCUUCGUCUCCGGCGCAGCACUCGUACUCCAGCCAACGACGCCCUAGCAUGGGGCAGGUGGUGUGUCGCUGGUGCGGGGCACCAUACACGAGUGCAGUUGUCUGCCCGGUAGCCGGGCGCGCCCAUCAGCUGCUGCGUGAGGAGCGCAAGAGGGAAAAGAUGGCGAAGCGGCAGGCGCAGGCGCUACUGUGCGCGGGUCGCAUCACGGAGGCUGUGGCGCUGCUGAAGCAGACGGGGCUGUACGUGCCGUAG